AUACAAAAAGAAAAGGAGAUUGGAAUAAAAACAAUAAUUAAAUGUUAAAAUCGGCCGAAAUUCUCUUUCGUCUUCCUUGCCUUCCUUCAUAGUAAUCAGCGUGAGAAGAGCAAAAUCGGGGGAGAAGAGAAGAAGCAGAAGAAGAGAAACUGAAAUCGAAAUCUAAUCGCAGCAUUUUCCAUGGCAUCAAUCUGAUCUCCAAUCGAGGAGAGAAAUGGCGGGAGCGGCAGGGGAAAGAGCGGAAUACAGUGAUCAGGCUCAUCUUCUGAGAUCCUUCGGGGGUGAAGACAACGGCGGGGGCGACGACUUGGAAAUGGCUUCUCAAGUUUCCACCCCGACCGCCAGCGGGGGUUUCACCAGCAGAACGGCGGCAGCUGGCACCGCCGGAGCUAGUGGGAGUGGAGGAGCGAUCAAAGAUCUGCUUCUCAAACACUUGGAUCGCGGCUUUUCCGGCCGCCGACACUCAAGUUUCAAGCGUAUGGACAGGGAUAGAGAUGGCGGGAAUUCGGAUCACCUCUACCAUCACGAGGACUACGGAGGCGGAGGUGGUGGCAGUGGCCACGGGAAUCAUAGCAGCGACGAUGAUGCUUUGGCGGAUUCCGCGCCCCCGGAGUGGGCAUUGCUUCUCGUCGGCUGCCUCCUUGGCCUCGCCACUGGUCUUUGCGUCGCUGCUUUCAAUAAAGGGGUUCAUGUAAUACACGAAUGGGCAUGGGCUGGAACUCCAAAUGAGGGUGCAGCAUGGCUGCGUCUGCAACGAUUGGCAGACACUUGGCAUCGAAUUCUGUUAAUACCAGUAACAGGAGGCGUUAUUGUUGGGAUGAUGCAUGGUUUAGUGGAAAUAUUGGAACAAAUAAGGAUGAAUAGUCUUUCUUCUCCAAGGCAAGGUUUUGACUUCGUCCAAGGAGUCUUCCCCGCUAUAAAAGCCAUUCAAGCAGCUGUUACUCUAGGCACUGGUGGUUCUUUGGGCCCUGAAGGGCCGAGUGUGGAUAUUGGGAAGUCAUGUGCAAAUGGGAUUUCGGUAAUGAUGGAAAACAACAGAGAAAGGAAAACAGCACUUGUUGCUGCUGGUGCGGCUGCUGGGAUUGCUUCAGGUUUCAACGCUGCUGUUGCUGGCUGCUUUUUUGCCAUUGAAACAGUCCUAAGGCCUCGCAGAGCUGAGAAUUCGCCCCCUUUUACAACUGCAAUGAUAAUAUUGGCUUCUGUCAUAUCAUCAACCGUAUCCAAUGUCUCGCUCGGAACAAAAUCAGCUUUUAUAGUGCCACCAUAUGAUUUGAAAUCUGCUGCAGAAUUACCUUUAUACCUGAUAUUGGGAAUGCUCUGUGGUGCUGUAAGUGUGGUCUUCACUCGCUUGGUUGCUUGGUUCACUAAGCUAUUUGAAUUUAUUAGGGAAAAGUUUGGUCUACCUGCUGUUGUAUGCCCCGCCUUAGGUGGUUUAGGGGCGGGGUUGAUUGCCCUUAAGUAUCCGGGAAUAUUGUACUGGGGCUUCACAAAUGUUGAAGAAAUCUUGCACACUGGAAAGAGUGCUUCUGCUCCUGGAAUCUGGUUGUUGACCCAACUUGCAGUUGCCAAGGUUGUAGCAACAGCUAUAUGCAAGGGAUCUGGACUCGUCGGAGGCCUCUAUGCUCCGAGUUUGAUGAUUGGUGCUGCAGUUGGUGCAGUAUUUGGUGGCUCUGCUGCAGAAAUCAUCAAUUCCGCCAUUCCAGGAAAUGCUGCUGUUGCACAGCCUCAGGCAUAUGCAUUGGUUGGAAUGGCUGCAACACUGGCGUCAGUUUGUUCAGUCCCAUUGACAUCAGUCCUGCUACUAUUUGAGUUGACCAAAGAUUACAGAAUCAUCCUGCCCCUCAUGGGAGCAGUAGGAUUGGCGAUAUGGGUUCCUUCUGUUGCCAACCAGCCUAAGGAACCUGAGUUAUCUGAUACACGUGUUUUGACCAGAGGUUAUUCUUCGAUUUCUAAUUCUGAUGACAAAGGUGGAGAUGACCUAGAACUCUGUAUAAUGCAAAAUUCAGCUGAUCAUGAGGCAGUCCUCGAAGAUCUUCUUUUGGAAGAUCUAAAGGUUUCUCGGGUCAUGUCAAAGAACUAUGCAAAGGUCUCAUCAGCAUUGACUUUGAAGGAAGCUAUAAAACAAAUGGAUGACAACAAACAGAAUUGUGUGCUUGUUGUUGAUGAUGAAGAUUUACUCGAAGGAAUACUAACCUACGGCGAUAUUAGACGACUUCCCAGUAAAAACAAUGAUCCUUCUGUGAUCCCAGCGCCUGCAGAUGUAAAUAACAGUCUUGUUUCUUCCAUUUGCACUCGAGGAAUCAACUACCGUGGACAAUUACGUGGACUUCUGACAUGUUAUCCUGACACCAACUUGGCAACUGCCAGAGAGCUUAUGGAGGCCAAAGGAAUCAAACAGUUACCUGUUGUUAAACAUGGUAGAGGAUCCUCCUGGAAAGAGAGGAGGCGAAGGAUUGUGGCUAUUCUUCACUACGAUGCUAUCUGGAACUAUAUCAGAGAUGAAAUAGCUCGAAGAAAACUGGUCUAUCAGCAUCGAAAAGAGAAUGAACUGGAGUUGAUUGGGAAUGGUCACUAAAGAAUGGCGAUUGGCAAGAUAGAGGAACCUGCUGAUCCUCCUUUUUUUGCACCGGAAUUCAUAGAAUUUAUUUGUUCAUUUUAGCAAAUUAUAUGUAGAUAUGAAUAUGGUCUACUUCUUUUACCUAUUUUAGUUUUCCGAUUCGUUUAAGGAAAUGAAUAUGCAUAUAGUAA